CCCAUUUCAAGGUAGGCACCCUCAAUCAUCCUAAUCCCAACCCCUUUCAUGAUGACCAAAAAAUAGCAUGUAUUACCGUACAGCACACAGUGCUCAUGGCGAUCAAAAUUUUAUCAUUUGAGUAUUUCUGACAACGCACACCAACAUUGCACAAGAAGCACGAUCAUCCUCUGGGCCAGCUGCUAACGCGCUCGAACAGUGAUCAUGAGUAGUCCCAAGGCUCCUGCUGGGCACUUCACGCUCCUCUACUUCGCCGCAUCGACCUCGUUCACCGAGAAGGGUCACGACUUCUUCCCUGCCCCGCUACUGGUCAGCCAGCUCUAUGAUAAGCUUGAUGAGAAGUAUCCGGGCAUCAAAGAGAAGGUGCUGUCGAGCAGUGCUGUAACAGUCAACUUGGACUAUGUGGACCUUGAUGAGGAGAGCGCGAAGGGAGACAAGGGACUUGCCAUUCAGGCUGGUGAUGAAGUAGCCAUAAUUCCACCUGUCUCGUCAGGAUGAAUCAACAUGAUCCUUUCCACCAC